AUGGACUGCGCAAAGGGGACGGCGGUGGCGGGCCUCUACGACGACCUGAUGGUGGACAUCCUCUCGCGCGUGCCCGUCAAGGACCUCCGCCUGUCUAAGUGCGUGUCCAGACCCUGGCGCGACCUCAUCGCCGACCCCCUCCACCGCAAGAAGCUGCCCCAGACCCUGGAAGGCUUCUUCCACGGUGGCGCUGAGCAUGACAGCUAUGGACACUUCACCAGCCUGUCGGGGAGGGGAGAAUCUGCUCCUCCAGUUGACCCUUCCUUCUCCUUCCUCACGGCGAAACUGCCUGGGGUCGAGCGCAUGGUCCUCUUGGAUUCCUGCAACGGUCUCCUGCUCUUUGGGUGCACCCGGGAGGACAAGCUCGGGUACAUCGUGUGCAACCCUGCGACCGAGGAAUUGGUGACUGUGCCCACCAGCUCCGGCUCUUGUCCGCCUCUGCUUCCUCUACUGGAAGACAGCUAUAAGAAAAGAUGUGCACACACCUAUCUGAUGUUUGACCCGGUUGUCUCCUCGCGCUUCCACGUGGUCCAGAUCUGGGAGAAUAGGUCGAAGGCGGAGGUGGAAACGGUGCACUCUUACUCAUCUGAAACCAGGGCAUGGAGUGACAGGUCAAGCAAGUGGGAACGAGGUGAAGAGGGCGGUGAAUGGGGACUGUGGGGUGCAGCCAUAAUCGAAUUCACAUGUGGCAGGGCUUUGGUCAAUGGUCUGUUGCAUUUUGUUGUCUACCAUGUUGAGAAAGAUGAGAAUCUGAUAGUUGCGGUGGAUGGGGAAGGGAAAAUUUGUACGGCCAUCUGCUGGCCUGGUAAGCUUGUGUCAGCACCUGCUUUUUUUGGUCAAUCCCAAGGUCAUCUGCACUGCAUAAGUAGUAAUGUGAAAUUCCAAGGCUGCAUUUUCCAUUUCACGCAACUGUCAGUUUGGGUUCUUGAGGACUAUGAUACACAAGAAUGGAUUCUGAAGCACAAUGUGAGCUGUUCACAGCUCUUUGGAUCAAGGAGUGGCCAAAUAAACUUCGAUAUUGUGGCCAUUCAUGCAGAUCACAAUUCAAUAAUCCUUGCUCAGCACAGGAACCAUAAACUGGUAUCAUAUUACAUGGAUAGUAAGGAACUCCACAACUUUGGGCAUGCCUAUUGCUCUCUUACACCUUAUGUGCCAUAUUUCUCAGAGUCAUCGGUGCUUGCAAACAAGCAUUGA